AUGGCACAAUACACAAUGUAUCCCACAAAUUUGGAAUAUGUGCAAGCUGUAAAGACACUAAUUGUGAGAUAUCCUUUCCUGAAGGAUCUCGAGGGAAAUGGUUAUCAUACAUGGCAUAUGUCUUUGAGGCGUAAGUUCAAAUCAGAGCGUGCCCCCCUGGUUUACAACGAUGAAGUGAGGUUAAGUAAGGAGAAGUUUUGCCGCAAGACAUCAGUGCAAUCUGUAGAAACUGCAAGAACCAAUCUGAGAAAUCUGUCCGAGGCAUCAAGUGUUCUUGGUGAGGAUCCAUCCUCCAUUGAUGCUCAUGUGAAGAUGUUACAUAGCCAGUACCAGAAGAUGCAUCCAGACCUCAUGAUUGUACAAGACCGUAUGCAGCAAACCUUUGCAUGGCGGCAAAAGGAGAUAGCAGAUGGCAUGACUGUGGAGGAAACCGUCAAGAAGUACCCUUUCUUAAGGACACCGGCUGCGUUGUACAAUGAGUUGGAAUGGAUCCACCCAGCAAUAGGAAACGUGUGUCAGCGAUUCAAUGAAGGCUUCAGCUGUAUUGUGUCAAAGGUUCUCAAUCUGGCUCGAGGGAAAUCCCCGCUGUCUAAACUCUACCUGGAAGCAAGAGAAGAGGCUCUCACAGAGGAUCUACCAGAUAUUGACUUCAGAGCUGCCCUCACCUUUCUGCCACACAUCUUCAAGGAGAACAUUGAUUGCUUUAUUACUCUUGGAGAGCGUGAUCCUGCCACUCCAUACCCAACUAUUCAACUGACGGAUCGAGACUGGAAAAUGGCCUUCACCAGGAGAGCUUCAAACAUUGUGAAAGUGGACGGCAUAGAGUUGUGUCACACCUCAGCAAUUGACGAGGGAAUCAUCUCUGCUUUCUGUGCUUACUUUGUGUUCAACCUAGCAUUUCCACGACACCUGAAGAACACACUGAUGUUUCUCCAAAGCAUCUUCCACCACUGCUCCAGCAACAGCGGACUCUCCGGGCCCAAGCAGCCGCUCACAGUGGCCCAGAGCGCGGCCACUGUCCCUCCACCAAGCCGCCGCGUCUCCAGCCACACACGGGGACAGACAGCAGCUGAAACUGGGGCUGUCAAACCCCGGGUGUCCGAGAGCGCGUUUUGGUUUUUGGAUCACAGACUCGGCGUUGACGCGCACUUGCCAGAGCCGUCAGACGAGGAAGUCAAGCCCGCUGCAAACACGCCCAUUUUCGCUGCCUGUGGAGGAGUCGACCCUGGUGCGAGAGACGAGACCUGUUCAGCACACGCAAGCGGACGCCGUCAGACAUGCAUCCCGUUGGCGAUGGCCCCCGGCGGGAGUAACGCGAAGCACAAGGCCCGGUCUGCGCAGAUCUCACUCCGGCUGAAGUAUGGAGCGAGACACAGGCAGAGAAUCAUCCAAUGGGAGCCAACCUUCGCCUUCUGA